UAGACGCACUAAAUCUAUUUUUAGUACGAACUAAGUUACUAACGUCUUUCUCACUUUCUCUCUCCAUUCUAAUCUUGAGUCUCGACUCUCGACCUUGUAAAGAAAUGAAUCGACUGAGGACUACUCUGCUGGGUUCUGGGGUCAGGUGGAUCAGGGCUUCCUCAACAACCAGUGGAAAUUAUCAUAACGAUUUACGCCCGCCUGAUUUCAGUGAAUACAGGAAAGAAAGCACAACUGAUCCUAAAUUACCAGCAAAUGACACUAUUUUGAGCAGAAAAGCCUUCACCUACCUUGUCCUUGGGUCUGGAGGGGUUGCCACUGCCUACUUUGGAAAAAAUGCUGUCCGUGGCCUCCUUGCUACCAAGAACCCUUCAGCAGAUGUACUGGCCUUGGCAAAGAUAGAAAUUGACAUUGCCUCCAUCCCAGAGGGAAAGAACGUUGUGUUCAAGUGGAGAGGGAAGCCUCUGUUUGUUCGCCACAGGACACAGCAAGAGAUUGAAGAUGUACGAAAUGUUGACGUAGGAUCACUUCGUCACCCACAGCACGAUGACGAGAGAGUAGUGAAGCCAGAGUGGCUCGUGGUAAUAGGGAGCUGUACUCAUCUUGGUUGUGUACCUGUGGCCAACGAAGGAGAUUUCGGUGGGUAUUUCUGUCCAUGUCACGGCUCUCAUUAUGAUGCAUCAGGUCGUAUUCGUAAAGGACCAGCACCCGAAAACCUUGCCGUACCUGAGUAUGUGUUUAAUGGUGACCAAUUAGUUGUGGGAUGAAGAGACUUACCGACUAUUGUAUAAAUAUUACAUAUAGUGUUGUUUGAUUACUAAUAGGUACAAUGUAUUUGGUGGUAACUUAGUAACCGAUUUCAUGUCACAUCCAAAGGGCUGAUUUAUUUAUUAUUAUUAUUAAAAAUAAUUAUGGUAUUUUGUGUUAACGAAUGCCUCCUUAUUUGGAAUAGCUUUGAUUGAUGU